UGAUCGAACCUUAAUUGUGGUCGACCAUAAAGUUGUAUUAACAUUUUCUUUUGACUUGUUGAGGUUAGAUUAUAGUCAAGCACACUACAUAUUUUUUCUUACGCCCAUGUGUUCUAAUCGUCUUGGCGCUGUGGUUCCGGUGUGUGCCCGUUAAGUACUUAAUGGUUCCCCGCGAGAGUUCGAAUCUCUGAGGCAUUUUCCUUUUUGUUCCAAUUUCUCUAAUUUUAAUUAUAUCGUCCAUGGUCGGGUAAACGGUAAUCAAUCACUCAGACUCUGCCAAGUUUAGUGAGUCUGAAACCGAAAGAAUGCCUUUUGGGUAAAUUUCAUUCAAAGAAGAGGGCGGUAUUUCUUAGGGUUUUAUGAUUUUUUUUUUCUCUUAAUGUCAGAUAUAUAUUUUCUGGGCGAUCAGAAUUGAGGUUUUCUCGUUCUCCUACUUGAACUUUUCUUCAUUCCAACUAAUUUAUUGAUUCUCGCCAUCCCCAUCAACUGGAGCUUUACCCUUCGGCUUUCGAAAGUAGCAACAAAUGGAUAACUUUGACCAGAAGCUCGGUCCAGAUUUUUUGAAGAAUCUCUCUGGGGAAACCAUUUCCCCGUUAAGCGUCGUCAUUCAUGAAGACAUAUAUGAAAGCUCCUCAAAGAGACCAAAAACAACAUCUAAGGUCUGGGAUGUUUUUGAGAAGCUUCCAGCACAGCAAGGGGAUUCCAAGGCUAUAUGUAAGUUAUGCAGGAGAAUAUAUACUGCUAAAACCACUAGUGGUACCUCUCACCUGAGACGUCAUAUAGAGGCGUGCCUUAAACGUGGCAAUCAUGACCUUGACCAGCGUUCAACGGAAGCAUGCUUUAAACCUGUUAACCGCGAUGCAAAUCGCCACACUGUUUCGCAUGGCACCUUGAUUGAUGCUACUACACCCUUAAAGAGCUAUAAAUUAGAUGUGGAUGAGAUUCGUCGUGCGAUUGCAAUGAUGAUCAUUGUUGAUGCACAACCAUUUAGAGUGGUUGAAGAUACAGGUUUUAGACAUGUAUUGAAUGUUGCAUGUCCUGAAUUUCCUCUUCUGAGUAGGAAGGCUAUUAAAAGGGACAUAAUUUCCAUUUAUGUGAGGGAGAGAGAGAAUAUUCGUGAGUUGCUAGGAGCAUGUCCUGGUCGGAUUUGUUUGACAUCCAGUACAUGGAAAUCGAAUUGUGAUGAUCAUUAUAAUUGUGUCACUGCACACUUCAUUGACCAUGAAUGGAGGUUGCAGAAGAGGAUUUUAAGGUUCAAGCUUAUACCCCCUCCAUAUGAUAGUUUGUCCAUUGCAGAUGAGAUAGGUUUGUGUAUGGUUCAGUGGAACAUUGAACACAAGGUGUUCAGUGUCACGCUGGAGAACUUGUUGAGUGAUGAUUGUGUGGCUGACAUACUUAAAACACGUCUUGAUGCAAAAAAGUACCUCCCUUUUAAGGGUGUAUUUUUUAAUAUGAGUUGUUCUACUCGCAUUUUGAAUUUGAUUGUGCAAGCUGGUUUCAACCUAAUUAUUGAUAUCAUUGGAAAACUGAGACUUGGUAUUAAGUAUGUGCAGCAAUCCCCCCAUAGGAAGAAGAACUUUUACAUAAUUGCUAAGACUUUGAAUUUGGAUACUCAAAAAAAGUUGUGUCUUGAUUCUCCUAGUAGGUGGAAUUCCACCUAUAACAUGAUAGAAGUUGCUUUGUGUUAUAAGAAUGCAUUUCUGUACUUGGCAGAACAGGACAAAAACUUUAUACACAAAUUAUCUGAAGAUGAGUGGGAAAAAGUAAGUGUGUCAUACAAAUUUCUGAAAGUCAUUUUUGAGGUGGCAUGUAUAUUUUUUAGAAACAGACAGCCAACGUCAAAUUUGUAUUUCAAAGCACUGUGGAAAGUUCAUAGUCGCUUAUCAGAUAUGGUUAGAGGCCCAGAAAAUUUUAUGACUCGCAUGGUCAAGGAAAUGCAGUCAAAAUUUAACCAAUACUGGUCAGAGUAUAACUUGAUCUUGUCAUGUGCUGCUAUUUUGGAUCCAAGGUAUAAGAUUAAGUUUGUUGAAUAUUGUUACACCAAACUGUAUGGUAGUGGUGCACAGCAAUAUGUUAGUGCAAGUGUUAACACUUUGUAUGGCUUGUUUCAUGACUACAUGCAAAAUUCUGCCUGCCCUUCUCAUACUGCUACCUUGUCAGUUCUUACCACUAAAAUCUCCAAUGAUAAAGAUGAUAACGACGGGUUUGAAGAUUAUGAAACCUUUCAAAGUGCCAGAUUUCAAACUCAAGUGGAGAAGUCUCAACUGGAUCUUUACUUAGACGAACCAAGCCAUGAUCUAAACAGUGAAAUUGAUGUCUUAGAGUAUUGGACUUUAUGCUCCCUGAGGUAUCCAGAGCUUUCAAGAAUGGCUCGUGAUGUUUUAACCAUUCCUGUGUCUACUAUUGCUUCUGACAAUGCAUUUGACAUUGGUCCUCAAGUGAUUAGCACUGAUCGUAGUUCUCUGAAAUCAAAGAUGAUACAAGCAUUGGUUUGUCUUCAAGAUUGGAUGUUGGCUUCUGAUAAAACAAGAGGUUCAGGCUCUAUGGAAAGCAGAACUGAAGAUGAUAGCUCCAGUUCUAGUGAUGGUGAUGAUGACUAUUAGCUUAUCAAAAACGUUGCAGAAGAGUUUCAGGAAAUUUGAGAACUGAUUAAUGAUGAGGUUCAAUAGACCUGGAUAGGACUCUGAGUUACAAACAAAUGAUGGCAGAUCAGUCAUGUACGGCACAGGAAUUGAAGGCAAUGGAACAGUGGGCUCUUCCAAAGGGACCCUUACGUUUCCAAAAUUCAAAUGAAAAUAUAUGGCAUUAACUGCCCAAGAUUGAGUGAGGAAUGCAGCUCCCGCCAUACCUGAUUUUGUAGCUACAUCUGAAGCUCGUGACUAACUACAUCAUACAGGAGGAGGGCAGAAGAAUUCAGUAUCAGUUUCUGAAUGAGCUUGGCUAGCCUUGGAGAAACAAGUGUUGGUGACAGAGGUGAAGAUAUUGAUCCACGCUAAUAUUUACCCUUUCACCUCCUUCCAAUGAUUUGGGCUUUGUGUUGAAGGAGCUUGCUGAGGCUUGCAUGGAGUUGGUGGUAGUGAUGAGGCUCCACCCUGCGGCCUUUUUGAGGCUGAGUGCUUAUAAUAUUGCAGCAUUGGAUUUAGUAUUCAUGUGACCUUGUAUCGGAAAAGGAAAUGUACCAGCGCACAAGUUUUCACCAACUCUUUGCAUCAUCCAAUUUCCCACCAACACUCUCCCAUUCCGCACAUGACUUAAUUUCUAGCAUUUCGAAUUCAUGAAUGGAGAAAAGGUGAAAUGAUGAUGCCAAAACCAUUGAAGGUUUGUAAUUUUUGUGCUUGAUUUCUACUACUUCACUCUGAUUAUUCAGAUUCAAACAAAGGAAUUAAAUUCCAUGGAUUCAUGUAUAUAUCCAAUAUUCAUAGGUAUGGAUACACAUUUUCAAUUUUUUCUUA